AAACUAAUUCAACCAUUUACAAUGCGUCGCCUUUCCUUUGGGCUGUUGAAGCCCCUCAAUGUGCGCCGCCUUCAUGGAACUGCAGCGACGAGCGGCUGCCAGGAGGAUUACGCCAUGAAGGACCACAAGUACGAUGCCAUCGUGAUUGGAGCUGGUGGGGCUGGCAUGCGGGCUGGCUUCGGGCUGGCCGAGAAGGGCUUCAAGACGGCAAUGAUCUCGAAGCUGUUCCCCACACGCUCCCACACGGUGGCCGCCCAGGGCGGAGUGAAUGCUGCGCUGAGCAACAUGGACAAGGACGACUGGAAGUUUCACUUCUACGACACGGUCAAGGGCAGCGACUGGCUGGGCGACCAGAAUGCCAUCCACUACAUGUGCCGCGAGGCGGAGAACGUCGUCUACGAGCUGGACCAGUACGGCAUGCCCUUCUCCCGCAAGCAGGACGGAAAGAUCUACCAGCGUCCCUUUGGUGGCCAGACCCUGGGCUACGGCAAGGGCGGUGUGGCGCGUCGCGCCUGCGCCGUGGCCGAUCGCACGGGCCACGCCCUCAUCCACACGCUGUACGGGCAAACGGUCAAGUAUGCCGAUCUGUGCCACUACUUCAUCGACUACUUCGUGCUGGACCUGAUCAUGGUGGAGGGACGCUGUGCUGGCUGCCUGGCCUGGAAGCUGGGGGACGGCACCAUGCACCGCUUCCUGGCCCACAACACGGUGGUGGCGGCCGGCGGCUGUGGCCGUGUCUACUUCUCCACCACAGCGGGACACACCUGCACGGGCGAUGGCAAUGCCUGGAUAUCGCGCCAGAAGCUGCCGCUCCAGGACAUGGAGUUCGUGCAGUUCCAUCCCACUGGCAUGUACGGCGCCGGAUGCCUGAUCACUGAGGGUGUUCGCGGUGAGGGCGGGUUCUUCUUGAACUCCAAGGGGGAGCGCUUCAUGGAGCGCUAUGCGCCCACUGCCAAGGAUCUCGCCUCCCGCGAUGUGGUGGCUCGGGCCAUGACCAUGGAGGUGCUGGCCGGCAAUGGCUGUGGCCCGCUGAAGGAUCACGUCCACCUGCAGCUGCACCACAUCGAUCCCAAGAUCAUACACGAGCGCCUGCCGGGCAUUGUGGUCACGGCCAAGAUAUUCGCCAAGGUGGACGUGACCAAAGAGCCGGUGCCAGUGCUGCCCACAGUCCACUACAACAUGGGCGGCAUUCCCACGGACUUUAUGGGCCGCGUGGUGACCCUCGACAAGGAGGGCCAGGAGCAGCCCAUUCAGGGUCUCUACGCCUGUGGCGAAACAUCCUGCGCGUCCGUCCACGGCGCCAAUCGCCUGGGCGCCAAUUCGUUGCUCGAUUUGAUCGUAUUUGGGCGCUCAUGCGCCCUGGCCAUUGCGGCCAACAGCUGUCCGGGCGAGACGCCACCGGACGUGGACGACAAGGCCACCGAGGAGACGCUGGACAACUUCAAGAAGCUUCGCUGUGCCGACGGCAAGUCUACCACGGCCGUACUCCGCAUGGAACUGCAGCGCACGAUGACCAGACACGCGGCCGUCUUCCGCGAGGGGAAGCUGCUCAAGGAGGGGCUGCUCAAAGUGGCCGAUCUGUGUCGGCGCUUCAAGGAAGUGAAGGUCGUGGACCGCAGCAUGGUGUGGAACACGGACCUGGUCGAGACGCUCGAGCUGCAGAAUAUGCUGGCCAAUGCGGUGCACAUCAUCACAGCCAUGGAGAACCGCAAGGAGUCGCGCGGCUCCCAUGCCCGUGAGGAUUUCAAGGUGCGCCUGGAUGAGUUCGACUACGCCAAGCCCUUGGAAGGGCAGAAGAAAAAGAAACUGGAGGAACACUGGCGCAAGCACACUCUCACCUUUGCCCAGGGGGACGAGGGAUGCGCCACCAUCCAGUACCGCGAGGUCAUCGACAAAACACUCGACGAUACGCUGGCCUCGAUACCGCCGGCACCACGCACCUAUUAAUAUUACACGAGCAAAGAC